AUGGGAGUUAGCAAGACCACAGUUGGUAGAUGGGCAAAGAGUCACCUGAUACGGCCACAUACAAAUGCCAUAAAACCAGCACUUACUAAAGCAAACAAGAUCAGUAGAAUGAGAUGGUGUCUUACUCAUAUUCAGCCAGCUUUGUAUGAAGGAAAGCUUCUUUAUCAUGCUAUGCACAACACAAUUCAUAUUGAUGAGAAAUGGUUUUACAUGACAAAAGCUUCAGACAGAUACUACCUGUUGCCGGAUGAGGAUGAGCCUUACAGGGCUUGCAAGUCAAAAAGAUUCAUCACAAAGGUGAUGUUCAUGUGUGCUGUAAGUAGGCCACAGUUUGGCACAGAUGGUCAGACCAUCUUUGAUGAUAAAAUAGGAAUAUUCUCAUUCACAGAACAAGUUCCAGCCAAAAGGAAGUCCAAGAAUAGGCCAAGAGGGACAUUAGAGACUAAACCUAUACCAUCAGUUAACAAGGAAGCAAUGAGAGAAUGUCUCUUGAAUCAGAUUAUUCCAGCAAUCAAGGCAAAGUGGCCAGCCAAUGCAAGCAAGGAUAUAUAUAUCCAACAAGAUAAUGCCAAACCUCACCUAAGAUCUUUUGACUCACAAUUUGAUGAGCUUGCAAGUUCAGAUGGAUUUAAGUUCCAUCUAAUUAGCCAACCAGCCAACUCCCCAGACACCAAUGUAUUGGACCUUGGCUUUUUUAGGGCCAUUCAAUCACUACAAGAUGAUAAAGUAGCAACCAACAUAGAUGAAUUACUGGGUAAUGUCUGGAGUUCUUUUGAGGAACUCACCCCACAAACUCUGAACAAUGUUUUUUUAACAUUGCAAAGCUGCCUCAGCAAGAUCCUAGAAGUGUAUGGGGGCAACAACUACAAAAUACCCCACUUGAACAAGGAAAGGCUGAGAAGGACAGUGGGGCUUCCUACAUCCCUAGAAGUUGGGAAGAAUCUGGUCAAAGAGAGCUUGGAGUAUCUACUACUACCUCAGAAUGAUGUGGGUGCCUCAUAUGACAUAGGGCAUCUAAUGAAUGUUUUACAGCUCUAA